AUGGGGAAUUUCCUCGGGUUAAAGGAAAACAAAUAUAACAAGACCAACAUAAACAUAUUUGAGAAGAGAUACGGCUAUAACCUGAACGAUCUGCACAGCUACGUCUACAAAAUCAACCUGCCUCUGAAGCCGCGCUAUGUAGGCUAUGUACUACAGGAGAAGGGGAAACGGGCAAGUGGGGAACCGCCCGAUGGAGAUACACCCAAUGUAACUUCCCCCCCUGAUUGUGAGGCCGACAGUAUGGGUGACGCCUCGGAAGUAAGCCAACCCCCCCCAGUGGAUAUAUACAAUCGAUACGACAGAGAUAGCCUGCACAAUUCAAGCAAUAUUUAUCAAAAUAAAUUAAAAAUAAAUGAGAAGAAGGGGGAGCAGAAGGACCAGGAAAAGUACGAAGACAUGUAUGUCCACAUGUCGUAUGAUAAGAAGUACAUAUACGAUGAACAUAAAAAUAAUAUUUACGCAGAGGACAGUAUUUAUAAUUAUGUCUCGAAAAAAAGUCCACAGUUAAUGCCACAAAAAAAAGGAAGCGUAAAAAAGACCUACGCAAAUUUGUGCUUAAAUUACUACAACAAUCUGGACACCUGUAUGAUUAAGAAGUAUCAGAAAAACGUCCAAAACAGGAAAUAUAAAUUUACACGCCUGCACACGUGCAAGCCACACUACAUCCUCUUCUCGCGCUGCGUAAAAUACAGAGACAGAAAGCUCAUGAACGAAAUAAAAAAAGUGGAGCUCAACUAUUACAACUCCCUGAGCAGGGACAGCAGAUCGCUUUACCUGAGCGAGUUCACCACUAACUUGAGUUACCACGAGUACCUAAUUAGCAAAAUGCACGACGGAGUGGAAAAGAUAAAGAUCAAGAAGGAACUGAACGAACUACGGGAGAGGUACAACCACAUCGUAAAAUAUGCGGACGCAGGAUUUACAGAAGCGCCCAAGUUUGAACCCCCCCAGGGGAAUACCUACAUAAGUGAGAAGAAGUACGUGCUGCUAAACGUAUAA